AUGGUCUCCUUGGAGGAGCCUCCUUUAGCGCACCACCAUGGUCGGGGAAGAGAAGCAGCCGCCGUCGUCUCGAUCUCGGGAUCUCUCGUCGCCGGCGCGCAUAGGGGAGGAGCGGUGGUUGCGAGGUGCGGCGAUCAAGCAGGAGAGGUAACACAAGAUUAUCUCCAUGCCACGGGAAACGCUCUUCAAGCCGGAGAGAUAACGCAGGACUACCACAUCCCGGUGGGUGCCGUGCUCUUCAAACCCUCAGAGGCGGACUUCGUCGUGAAGACAGGAGACUGCGUCGCACAGAUGAUCGUCCAGGUGAUUGCGACACCGGAGGUCGCCGAGGUGGAGGACCUUGAUGCCAACGCCACCCUCCGGGGGGAGGGAGGGUUCGGGUCCAUCAGAGUUUGA